AUGGACGAGAUCUAUUCGCAAGCACUUUAUACGAUAGUGGACGCUGCUGGGACAGAUUCUAACUAUGGUCUGGCUGGUUUUGCUCAGCGUCGCAAGCCUCAUCGAUACGCCCAAGUUCCUGGAGCAAAGCUCAUUUACCUUGGCACACCUCCUGCGGAGAAGGUAGGUUCCAGUCCAUGGGGUUCACGUGGUUGGACUUAUCAGGAAGGGUUUCUGUCACACAGACGGAUUUUCUUUACUGAUGAGCAAGUUGUGUUUCAGUGCAACGCUAUGACUUGUCUUGAAUCAUACGAAGUUCCCACGAAGAGCAGAGAUAGAGUGGUUCCUCACCUGACGGAUACUGAACCUCUUAACCUAUCCUCCAAGGACUUUGGGAAACAUUUGAUGGAGUUCAGUAACAGGGCCCUCUCGAAAGACGGCGAUACUCUGAAAGCAUUCCUGGGGGUACUCAAUUACUUCCGUAAAAAGGAGCAAUGCUAUCACUUAUAUGGAAACCCAAUCCCUACUAAGAAGAAGAAGGGCCAUUUAAUCAAUGCUUGGUAUCACACCAAACCAGGGGUCAGAAAUGCCGAAUACCCUAGCUGGUCUUGGACCGGUUGGAAAGGCCAAAUCAAAACGACCAGUCGCAACAGUCUGGAAUAUGAUCUUAGAGUGUUCAAAACAAGACAGCGAGCUGGAAGUCCACCCGAACAUCGAGUCGGACAUCGAAUGUCACUCGAUGAUUACAAAAAGGCAUGCAGCACAAACCCUCAACAAGAUAUGGAGCCCGUCAUCGAACUGAGAGGAAUGAUGGCAAAUGUGUCGUUCGAAGUCAUCAAGUGGAACUCGGAGGCGAUGCAAGAUGGCGCUUGGGCUAUGAUACCCAAGACCGGCGAUACUACAUACCACUCCUUUUUAUACCUCGACGAGGCGCUGACAGGGAUCUGUCAGUUCAAGCUUCCAGUCAUGGUGCUGCAAUCGGGAGAGAAGAAGUCAAACGACAACAUUGUCAUACUGGCUUUGAACGGGUUGGGAUGA